UGAAAGGAAAAUAGCUACAGAUGAACAAAAAAUAAGCAUGAUGAAUGAACAAAUUUCAAGGACAUGUUGUCUGCUGUCUACAACAAAAGCUUGCAGUCCAGCUUUGAUCUCAUGUAGCUAUUUUACUCUUAAAAAUAAACGUUCCCAAUAGAAUCAGGUUGAUGCCACAAGAGAACGUUUGUGCAGCUCAUUUCUAGUACUUUAAAGGACACAGAAAUCCAUACACAGAACCUGCAAUGUAACAUCAAAAACGUUAUUAAUCUCCAGUGUAUCAUACAGUAGCUUUAGACAAACUCAAAAGCCCUAUACGCAGCCAAAACAUUCUUGAUAACAAGAGGCCGCGGGUCUUUGGCUGAACUGAGCUUUAUUUUUAUGAGAGUAGCCUACGUCAAUGACCUCCUGAUGCAGUUUGUCAUCCGUGUACCUCUGAAAUCCUCGAGGAUGAAGCUCAUACUACAGCUGCCUGUGAUUGAUCGCCGUUGUCACACCUCCAGAGCUCCACACCCCGACGGAUGUGUUUCAUGCAGCAAGAAAUCGCAUCAGUGGAAACAAUGGCAAUCCUCUGACUGAAAUCAAACUACAACGGGCAGCCUCUACAACACCUUGUCCUUCAACUGUUUUGGAUUGACACGGCUCUCCGCCCAACACACGGACUUCAGUUUAUAAAGAGGUAUUCUGGUCUUUUCUAAGACAAUGGAGGUGUCAGAGGAUGACAUGCGAUGUAUGAUGAAUACUUGGAAUUUACAUCCCCCUUUAUAUCUGCACUAUCCUUCACAAAGAACAACCCAGAGUAACCAUGGCAACAGCAGCAUCCUCUGAGUAAUGUUUUACAACGUCUUCAUUGUGGAGAGUGUUUCUCUUAAUGGGAGCUCACAUUGACUUUCCUGGUAACAGCUGCCAUGUUUUCCUGUAAUGGCAGCUCAUUGGAGGGGUGUGGCCUUCUUGAACCAAUGGAAACUGAGAUGCAAGAGUCUGAUACUGCCCUCAUGCCCACCACUCUCAGGGUGGCAUUGGCUGCCAUCAUGAUCUUCAUGAUCACCAUUGGUUUCCUCGGCAAUGCCAUUGUGUGUCUGAUAGUGUAUCAGAAACCAGCCAUGCGUUCAGCGAUUAAUCUACUCCUGGCCACACUGGCCUUCUCUGACAUCAUGCUGUCGUUGCUAUGCAUGCCAUUCACCGCCGUCACUCUCGCAACUACGGACUGGAGCUUCGGAGUGGGAUUCUGCCGCGUGUCCGUCAUGCUGUACUGGCUGUUUGUUCUGGAAGGUGUGUCCAUCCUUCUGAUCAUCAGCGUCGAUCGCUUCCUCAUUAUAGUUCAGCGGCAGGACAAACUGACCCCACAUCGGGCAAAAAUUCUCAUUGCCGCGUCAUGGGCUCUGUCGCUCUGCGUGUCCCUACCGUCCGUGGUCGGCUGGAGGACGGCUGGGAUUGGUGCGCAAGUGCCACAAUGCAUUCUGGGAUACAGCGAAUCGCUGGCGGACCGGGGUUACACAGUUCUGCUUGCAGUUGCGGUGUUUUUUGUGCCAUUCGGUGUGAUGUUGUAUUCCUACCUGUGUAUUCUCAACACGGUGCGACGCAACGCGCUGCGCAUCCACAAUCACACCAGCGAAGGCAGCGUCGCCAUCAACCAUGUCAGCAAGUUGGGUUUAACCGGUCUACAGCGACCCCAAGUCAAUGUGGACAUGAGUUUCAAAACCAGGGCCUUCACCACCAUCCUCAUCCUUUUCAUUGGCUUCUCUGUGUGUUGGUUGCCACAUACGGUGGUGAGCCUGCUGGCGGUGUUCAGUAGACGCUUCUACCUCAGCCCAGCGUUUUACCCGGUCAGCAUCGGGGCGCUGUGGUUGAGUUACCUAAAAGCGGUUUUCAACCCUGUGAUAUAUUGCUGGAGAAUCCGAAAGUUUCGUGAGGCCUGUCUGGAGUUUAUGCCCAAGACGUGUCAUCUGUGUCCCAAGAUUCCCGGGAGAAGUCGCAGGCGUAUAAGACCCAGCAACAUUUAUGUGUGCAGCAGUGAGACCCAGUCUUCAGUCUAGGAUUGGCGCCAAAGUAUGUUUAUUAUUGACGAGCCAAGAAUGAAAGAUGCUGUUUAGAUAUGACACACUUAAAGGUGCAAUAUGUAAUACUUUUGCAGUAAAAUAUCCAAAAACCACUAGGCCAGUGUUAUAUAUUUUGUUCACUUGAGUACUUACAAUAUCCCAAAUGUUUCCAACUAUUUUUAAAU